AUGUAUGAACCGACAGGUAACGUUGCCAAGAUGUAUGAACCGACAGGUAACGUUGCCAAGAUGUAUGAACUGACAGGUUACGUUGCCAAGAUGUAUGAACCGACAGGUUACGUUGCCAAGAUGUAUGAACCGACAGGUUACGUUGCCAACAUGUAUGAACCGACAGGUUAUGUUGCCAACAUGUAUGAACCGACAGGUUACGUUGCCAAGAUGUAUGAACCGACAGGUUACGUUGCCAAGAUGUAUGAACCGACAGGUUACGUUGUCAAGAUGUAUGAACCGACAGGUUACGUUGUCAAGAUGUAUGAACCGACAGGUUACGUUGCCAAGAUGUAUGAACCGACAGGUUACGUUGCCAAGAUGUAUGAACCAACAGGUUAUGUUGCCAAGAUGUAUGAACCAACAGGUUACGUUGCCAAGAUGUAUGAACCGACAGGUUACGUUGCCAAGAUGUAUGAACCGACAGGUUACAUUGCCAAGAUGUAUGAACCAACAUGUAAGAUGUAUGAACCGACAGGUCACGUUGCCAAGAUGUAUGAACCGACAGGUUACAUUGCCAAGAUGUAUGAUCUGACAGAUUAUGUUGCCAAGAUGUCUGAACCAACAUGUAAGAUGUAUGAACCAACAUGUUGA